AAUAAAUCCAAGUUUUAAGUUGAAACGACCUUGUUUUGCGUGAUCUCUCUCUUCUUCCUCAAACUUAGACGACGAUCUCUUCUUCUCUCUCUCCGCCAGUCUCUCUCUCUCGAACUAGAGCAAACCCAGAAUUCAAGACAAGAGAGAUGGAAGUGAGAAGCGAGCUGAAGCAGAAUAUUUACGAGAUUUUCAAAGACUUUUUGACAGGGAUCACAAAGCUUGAGGAACUAGAUAAUGCUACAAACAUCUUUCUUCUACGCUUUCAGCAAGGACUCUGCUUGCUCAAACGCUCUCCAAUAGUCACUUCCUCCAAGUUGAUCGAAAACAUUCUCAAGAACAAUGAAACAAGACGGCUUAAAUCAUACGUAGAAGCAGGCUGUAUUAACAUCGAUGAUGCUGCACGAAGCACACGGGAUUUGCAUACAUCUCUAUCAGGACUUUCUGACCACCUAAUCAAAGCUCAAAGCUUGUUAUCUGACCUCGAGCGUCUCACUGAUGAUGCUGCCCUUGCAAUUGAGACUGCAACAAAGCUCUCCACACAACUAGAUGAAGAAUCUAGUGAUGAUUUGCGACAAGUGACGAGUGAAGAGAACGAAACUGUACCUUUUGCUCAAGAACCUGAAGUUACAGAGUACGCUACAGUUAUUGCAGUGGUUUACAGUAUGGUGAAGCAGAACUAUGUUAUGCAGGAAAAGGUUGUGAGAUCGCUUAGUUUGAAGACCUCAUUUGAUGAACUAGAUACUUACACUCUGAUGUGGUCAUUGCGUCCGUUUGUAGAAGACGAGAUUAUGAACAGAGCAUGGAAAUUGUUUCUCCAUUCGGAUGAGCCAUCUGGACGAAGAUGAGAGUUUUGUUUGUUUAGACACUAAAAGUGCAACUCAUCCAGAUGAAUC